CUAAAAUCAUUGCGAAAACAAACGAGUAAAAGUUUCCCUCAUUUUUUUUUCCCUCUUUUCUCUUCCUCUCCCUCGCUCUGCACACCCAAAACUCGCGCCGCCGUCUCUCCGGUUGGGUAGAUCUCUCUCCCCCUUCUCUCCCCGUCGGCUUCUCACCCUCUCUCUCCCCGUCACCGUUUGCCCCUUUGUCUUCCUUUGCUUUGCCGCGCCGUGCACGACCACCGCAACCCCCCAUCACCGGUAAGCUACAGUGCCUCUUAAUCUCUCUCCCUCCUCUCUCUAUUAUUAUUAUUUUUUCUCUCUGUAUUUUGUCCGCCGCCACGCCAUCCCAGCCUUGGCUGCGCCGCCUCUCGCCGACCCAAGCACGGCUGUCGCACGUUGACCUACACCACCAAGCCGAGUGGCCACCGUUUCAACCCUUCGGUUCCUCCACCAAAGCCCACGCCCAAAUCCGUCUAGGUAGCUGUAAGAAUUGUUAAAUAAGAACCCAAGUACUCGACCUUUGCACAAGUAUUUCUUGUUAUAAAACCAGCAGCACUUGUCGAAUGAUUCCCGGUUCAAAGAAGUCGUGUUCUCAGAAGGCGUAGAACAGAAGGCGGCGCAUAACAGUGCAAAACCACACGUCCUGAAAGCCUUUGAUUGUGAAUGUCCGCUUCAACUUCGUCCUCUCGGGGAACAUCCCAGGAAAUGGUUGCACCAUUGCUAGCAGGACUUGCUAUUGCAGCCACUGCUUAUGCUGGUAGGUAUAGCAUUCAAGCUUGGCAGGCAUUCAAGGCAAGACCAUCAGUACCUAGAAUGCGCAAAUUUUAUGAUGGUGGUUUCCAGACUACUAUGACUAGGAGGGAAGCUGCUCUAAUACUUGGAAUCAGGGAAAGAACUCCAGUGGAUAAGGUUAAGGAAGCACAUAGGAGGGUGAUGGUCGCCAAUCACCCUGAUGCCGGGGGUAGUCAUUACCUCGCAUCUAAAAUUAAUGAAGCAAAAGAUCUGAUGCUGGGAAAGACCAAGGGUGGCAGCUCUGCAUUCUGAUGGGGCUAAUACUUUCCAUACAUGUAAGGCAUUUCUGCAAAAAGUUUUAGUGAGUUUAAGAGCAUACACGCUCCCAUUACUGUCACAUCAAAUUUUUUUUCAGCCAGUUGAUUCUUUAUAACCUCUAGUUGGACAGAUUUUGAAAAAGAAACGUGAUACCAUUUGUCACGAGACUUGUGAAUCUUGUGACCAUGACAGAACUCGAUUGGAAUUCUGCAUGGAUGUCAAUGAGAGUAAGAUGGAAGAUUAUAAUUGGGGUAAUAAUUAUUUAGUCCUCAUCUGGUUGUGGAUCAUGGUGUUGGGACUGCCGUUCGCUUUGGCUAAUUCUCUCUCAUAUUUUUAUACUCAGUGUAAACACUAAUAGCUCAUUAUUUGUGAGAAUUGGUGGUUGUGAUCACGUUGAUCAAAUGUAUGCCAAUUUUGUAGAAAUGAA